AUGAGCACAGCAUCUCGAUUACGACCCGCAGUUUUGCCAUGGCUACGACCACGACGUGGACCUCGACUUGGUUACUAUUAUUCAACCGAGAACAACAAACCUCCAAUGACGUCCGCCAAUGAAUAUUUGGAAAAACUUCAAGCGACGAUUCAGCCUCGAUUGACCCCUGUCUUGCUCAAGGUCAGGAACGCUAGCGAUACCCUGCGUAAUAUUACACGCGACUUUAACGAUCCCAAAGAAGCGAUACAACGAGCUGGUGUGGCCCUAAAUCAGUUGACUGGAUAUGAUCAAAUUGAAAAAGUCAAGCAACAUGUUACAGACCAAGCCAAAGCCUUUGAAUCAUCGCGAGAUCAAAUGCAACAAGCCAAACGAGCCUAUGAAAGUGCGAUCGAUACACGAUCCUCGACGCAAAGGGAAAUCAACGAGUUGUUGCAACGUAAACACCUUUGGUCAGGCGAAGACGUGACCCGAUUUACAGAAUUGUAUCGAUUGGAACAUGAACAUUCUCAGCGAGAGAUUCACGCCAAGGAGGCCUAUCAACAUGCUGAGAAGCAGAUGGAUCGUGAAUACAUGGGAUUAGCACAAUCGAUCAUGGAGCGAUAUCAUGAGGAACAACUUUGGAGCGACAAGAUUCGUAGCGUGAGCACUUAUGGUACAUGGGCUCUUAUGGUUCUCAACUUGGUCUUGUUCAUCAUGAUGCAAUCCAUUUUUGAACCUUACAAGCGCAAACGGCUUACGGAUCGAUUUGAAGAGUUGCUCAUUGCCAAGGUCGAUGAAGAAGAAGCGAAAUUCCGUGGAUUGAUGCAGGAUCGUGAUGAUACUCAGCUAUCUGUGCUUAAUGCAGUCAACGAGCUUGCAGCUGCUGUCGCAUCGGGCAACCAACAUCUCGAAUCACAAUUGAAACUCACUACUUCUCAACCAUCCGAACAACUACAACCUGAUACAUUAUCAUCAUCACUUUUACCAACACAAGAACAAGAACAACAACCCUCCUCUACCUCUACCACCUUAUCAUCAGACGACAACCUCGUUAUGCGUAAACGGGAUUUGAUCCUGUAUUCAGUAGAAAGUGCAGUUGCCGGUGGAGUUAUUGCUAGCUUAGCCAUGUUCCUCUGGAAAUAG